AUGUCUUUUCACCAUUAUCUUGUGACUAUUUUGGAUGUGGAAAACAGAAAAUCAGAAGAGGUGCUUGUUGAAAAAUUCAGCACAUCAGUGAAAAUUGGAGAUCUGAAAUCUUUCCAUCAUUAUCAGAUAUAUCUAUUCAGUGUUGGGGAAAGAGGAACUUUAAGCUGCUUUGAGAGACCUAUUUCAGCCGUUACAGGUAUUAAUCCUCCUCAGAAGGUUCACAUUAAACCUGAAGAUGUGGGAGAGGACAGUAUAAUUCUUCAGUGGGAAUCCCCACCAGAUGGCCAUGAGGUCUACAUUCAAAUCAAACCCUCAUCAGAUAUAAGAGAAGUCCUGACGCUUUUUGUCCAGAAGGUAGUUCAAGAAGCAGCAACGUUCUCCCACCUGGAUCCCACCACAGUGUACGCCUUCUCAAUUCGCACUGAAAGGGGAGGUUUUAAACACAGCACUCCUAAUGUCAAAGAAAUACAGACAGCCCCGAGUGCCGUUGAAUUUAUGAACCACAGUAGAAACUCCAAUGCAAUAACUGUUAGCUGGCCUUCAGCUAGAAGUCUUCUGGAUGGAUACAUUAUUUCAAUAUCCAGCGAAUGCUUAAUGAAAGAGGAAAUCCUGCCUUCCACAGAAAGGACCUUCACAUUUAAUAGCUUGUCUUCAGGGACUGACUUUUUAAUUAGCAUUAUAACUACCAAGGGACUGAAGAGAAGCCAUCUUACUGUCCUCAUGAUUAGCACUUAUCCAGACCCACCAUCAGAUUUGAUGACCCACCACCAGGAAGAAAACACAAUAUAUUUGUCUUGGAAACUUCCACACGGAGGCUUUGAAAAGUUUCAGGCUCUUACCAUUAUUGUUGGCUCCCUUGUGCUCCAAGGAUCAAGCUGA